CUGCUGCCCUGGACACUCAGACCUUGCCCUGCUGGGCUGUAACGACGACUCUGGCUCUGAAGCCUCUGGGCACGGCAGUGACUGCUCCGGGGACCCCACACUCCAAAGCUCCUGAAAGGUGCCCGUGCUCAGCUGGGGCUGGGCUCUGUCUCCAGGAACUGACAGAACCAGAGGACUCAGCCUGCAGCUGUGUCAAGGGGAAUAUAGCUUGUCCAGCACCCCAGCUCUGCCCUGGGAGCCGGAGCCAUGCGUGUGGCCGUCAUCGGCGCCGGGGUCAUCGGGCUCUCCAGCGCCCUGUGCAUCCAUGAGCAGUUCCACAGCCUGCUGCCCUCCCUGCAGCUGGAGGUCUACGCCGACCACUUCAGCCCCCACACCACCAGCGAUGGGGCGGCCGGGCUGUGGCAGCCCUACCUGAGUGACCACGGCAACCUGCAGGAGACGCUCUGGAAUAAAGAGACGUUUGAUUACCUCCUCGGGCAGCUGCACUCCCCAGCAGCCAAGGAAAUGGGACUUUUCCUCAUUUCUGGCUACAACCUGUUCACGGAGCCGGCGCCGGACCCAUGCUGGAAGAACAUUGUCCUGGGAUUCAGGAACUUGACACCAAAAGAACUCGAACUCUUCCCUGGCUACAGCUAUGGCUGGUUCAACACGGCGCUGAUGCUGGAGGGCAGGAGUUACCUGCCCUGGCUCACCAACAGGCUGACGCAGAGGGGAGUGAAGUUUUUCCAUAAGAAGGUUGAGUCUUUCCAGGAGCUGUUUUCCCAGGGUGUGGAUGUGGUGCUGAACUGCAGUGGGACGCGCUCAGGGGACCUGCAGCCCGACCCAGAGCUGCAGCCUGGCCGGGGCCAGAUCAUCAAGGUCCUGGCCCCGUGGGUGAAGCAUUUCAUCAUCACUCACGACCUGAAAUCCGGGAUCUACAACUCGCCCUACAUCAUCCCAGGGAGCGAGUUCACAGUCCUGGGAGGGGUUUACCAGCACGGAAACUGGAGUGAGGAGAACAGUGCCAAGGAUCACCAAUCCAUCUGGGACAGCUGCUGCCAGCUGCUCCCGCCUCUCCAGAAGUCGAAGAUCGUCGGGGAGUGGAGCGGCCUGAGGCCAGCCCGGCCCUCGGUCCGGCUGGAGCGGGAGAGCAUCCGCCUCGGGAAUCGCCAGGCAGAGGUGAUUCACAACUACGGCCACGGCGGCUUUGGGAUCACCAUCCACUGGGGCUGUGCCAUGGCAGCAGCCCGGCUCUUUGGGAGCAUCCUGCAGGAGAAGAAGCAGCUGGGCACCCUCCCAGGGCCCCGCCUGUGAGCACCUGCUCCCCUGGAAUAUGUGACAACAGUGGCUUAGGAAUCACAGCAGAAGGAUGGGAACAGCACAGGGAUACACACACGGGCUGCUCCACCCAGCUCUGGCUCUCAGCGUCUCAUUUCCAGGUCGCUGCCGUUUUCCAGAUGGUUCCACUCCCUCCACAACCUGCCUGGAGGAAGGACUUUCAAAUAUGGACUAAUCACCCGUGGCAAAGUGCACCAAGUGCUGCCUGGGAUCAGACUGCAAAGGGCAGGCUGGGUUCAGCUGAACCCUGGACAGUCCUGCACUUCAUCUGCACCAGGGGCCAGGGUCUGAAACAGAGCUGGGGACACCUGAGGUCUCUGCUGGCUGCUCCAACACCCAGUGUGUAAUUAGAUUUACAGGCUCCCCCCCAGGAGGCAAAAGCUCCUUAGUAGGAAGAAGCUCUGAGGCUCCCAGGGAAGUAACAGCAGCUCUGGGAGCACGUGCCUGGCUUACUCCACUUUUCCUGACAUUCCUGCCAGGACAGAGCUCGGGCCGCAGCACCUGCUUAGUGUAGCUGGCACCAGACAGCAGCACUUGCCUAAAAUGGCCUUUCCAAACGAUGUUUUAGCAACAAAAGCAACUUGUUCCAGCCCUGUGGGCUUGCCAGACUCUAUAUAUAGCAGAGAGCAUAAAAAAAUAGCUCUUCUUGUCCCUAAAACUCCCACGGGCCCCUCAGCUUCCCAUUUCACCCAGCUGUGGGACACAGCUCAGAGAGAGGGCCUGGCUUGGGAAAGGUUGUGCUUCUCAGAGGAGGAGCAGGACUUUUUGGGGUGCUCAGGGAUGCUGUUGGGGACCCAACACACUGUUCUGAAGAUACAUCCUGGCUGAUCUUCCCAUACCACGUGUCUUUUCUCUUUACAAACCGUCCCAGACAGGGCACUGGAUGGUGAGAAGCCUCAGAUGCAAAGGCUGUUGUGAGCCCAGCACAGUGCCUGGCUCACUCUCCUGUGAGGAUAAGCCAAGUGCUCCUUACUCAUCCGUGGUGCAGCUCCUCUCUCCUGCUGACUCUGUGUGCCAGGAAUAGCUCAGCAGCGUGGGCAUCUCCCUGCUGGGCUUAGCAAACACAGCUGGGCAGGGGAAACUGGGAGCCACUGCCAUGCCCAGACUGUCCAAAGAAUUUCCAGCUUCCCUGGAAACGUUGCAGUCACUAGGUAAAGUCAGGAAAAGGAAAACAAAGGCUGGAGAAAAUUCCCUGCUAAUUAAUGCUGAACUCAAGGGUCUGUGAUCCUACCUCAGGAAAAGCCAUUCAGGGGAACUGGAUCCCCUUGGUUUCACUUAUUCCAAAUAUGAGACAUUCAGGAGCACAUUUUCUGCUGUAAAUCCAACCCCACUUUGGUGAUUUUGGGAAAAUUCCGCUGGACAAACAGGGGUGUAGGAAAUCACUGUACUCCUGACAACAAGCAGCUGAUUCUGGUGAUCUCAGGGCCUGCAGGAGUCUGUGAUCUCACACGGCCUCCUGGCAAACAGGAAUGAGCUGAUCUGUAAUUUUAUUUGCAGGUUAACUCUGUUUUCUAAAGGCCUCAAUUUAAUCUGUGUGACCAAUAAAGGGAAUGUUUAAA